GAGGCAGUGUAAAGAUAUAACAAUAAAGAUCUGCACAGACGCUGAGCUGUCUGUCCCAGAGAAAACUGAACCUCCAAGAAGAGAAGAGGGAAGAAGCAGGGGUAAGGAAUACAAACAUGGGCAAAAGUGACACCCCUGUUCCCGUGGAACGCAGAAGCCAGGAUGGGCAAGUUUGGGACUCGGUGAAGAAAACAGCUUUUGUGUUAGGCACUGGUCUUCUUACGUUUGCUGCCUUCAGAAACACAGUCACAUGGCACCUGCAGCUUAUCUGGGGAGCAUCAGGUGACUUCUGGCAGGCCCAAUGGGGGAAGCUGCACAGAUACUAUGGUGGAAAUGAAUUAGCCUUAUACUGUUUAGGAGCAAUGGUGAUCCCCAGCUUGUCAUUCUGGAUGUACAAUGCUGUACUGAUGAUGAUCGACCUGACUGGAAAACCAAGCAUCUUUACCCGCUACAGAAUCCAGCCAGGAAAGAAUGAUCCGGUGGAACCUGGAAAGCUAAAGCAUGCAGUGAAAGUUGUGCUCUUAAACCAAAUGUUUCUUUCAAUUCCCAUGGUCCUUCUCAUGUACCCGUUCAUGCAGUGGCGGGGAAAUCCUUGUGGCACAGAACUGCCAACAUUCCAUUGGGUUCUCCUGGAGCUCUCAGUUUUUGCACUUGUCGAAGAAAUCCUUUUCUACUAUUCACACAGGCUGUUCCAUCACCCGAGCAUAUACAAGCAUGUUCAUAAACAGCACCACGAGUGGACGGCCCCCGUAGGAGUGGUGUCACUCUAUGCUCAUCCUCUGGAACACAUUCUUUCCAACAUGUUGCCUUCCAUGGUUGGACCGAUGCUGAUGGGCUCCCAUGUAGCAACCAUUAUGUUGUGGUUCUGUCUUGCACUGAUAACCACUACUAUCUCUCACUGUGGCUACCACCUCCCCUUCCUGCCAUCUCCAGAAUUCCAUGACUUCCAUCAUCUCAAGUUCAACCAGUGUUAUGGCGUAUUGGGAGUACUUGACCGGCUACAUGGCACAGACCUAGUCUUCAAGCAAACCAAGGCCUAUGACAGACAUAUCUUACUGCUGAAUUUCACCCCUCUGGCUCAGAGCAUUCCUGAGCCUGCCAAAAAAUCUGAAUAAACAAUCAGGAAGAUGGUCCACCAUCAGCACAAGAAUAGUGUGUUUUUCUGGCUCCUAUUUCAUAUUAGGCUUUAGAUGCUUUUUUUUGGAAAUGACACAAUUCACAAAUUGUAGCAUUAAGCAAACUAUUUACAAGGAAAGCUUUAGACUGCUAAUGCGUACCACCAAAAUCCUGUUUGCCUGACCAUUGCAACCAUGGUUAUCUUCCUUGGUUUUUAAGACACUGGCUGUGAAAAAGUAUGUAGACAUUAAAGUCAGAAGAUCCUAAUCUGUAGUCUUCCUCAGGGUCAGUGACUCUUUACCUAAGCUUAGACUUUGUACGUAUGGGUUUCAGUAUAUGAAGAGUUUUUUCAGGAAGCUUCAAAUAGUUUUGUUAAAGGCUUUAACAUUACACCUCCUGAUAGCCCCCCUUCCUAGUUUCAUAUUCAUUUGCCCCAAACCAGUUUCUCACUAGACCACACAACCGCCUGUCAAAACCUUCUCAGUGAAGCCUGCACUCUGCACUCCCACUCAUUGUCAUGGAUAUCUUCUCACGACUAAACCCCCUGGCUUGGCUAGAUGCAGGAAUGCUGAAUACACUGCGGGUUCCCGCAUCGCACCUAACUCACAAGGCAGUUUACACUGCCUUAUGCGAACCACUGGGAGUGCCAAUACAAAGUGAAUGACACCCCCAGAUCACAGUGCAAACUGUCAAUUUGGACAUGCAUCUGGUGUGGACCAAAAAAAGGGUCCUGCAUGACUUUGGUCUGAAUGCGAUGCAAAUACUUUCUGUAUGGCUGAAAUCUGCAGUGCAAAUCAUGUGCAAGGUUGCACAGUGCACCUAUGUGAACUUAGCCUCCCAGCGAUUGUUUAAAGUGACAAUCAGGGCUCCUGUGAAGAUCCGUUGCACCUCCCUAAACUGCAGCUGAACAGUGCUUUAAAGGCUUCAACAAAAUUGCUUGACGCUGGCUGAAAGUUUUGCCGAUGCUUUGUAGAAGUUUUUUUGUACACGCUGUUCCAGAAAGUCCAUAUGUACAAGGACAUGUGAUAGGUUUUUAAAAUAUUGGCAAACAGAGGAGCAUUACACACCUUUUCAUUUUAUUAAACUUAUUCUGGCUCCAGCUAUAACAAACGGCAAUUCUGCAAUUUAUAUUAAACUCAAUUUAAAAUAAUGCAAGUUCCGUAACAAGGAAUCAGAUCAUUAUAACUUCAUCAAUAUGUAAUAAAUGACUACAGUUUCUAAAGUGACCACCCCUGACUUUAGCUAAACAUCUUGAAACUGAGGUAAGUUGUCCCAUUGACUAUUCCCCUGUUGAGAAACUGUAAGGGGCAUAAUGCGCAACCUUGACUAUAUAAAAGACCGAGCAGGCGGCCAUAUGAUUGCAAUGCAAUGCUUAUGCCGCGUACACACGAUCGGGCUUUUGCCCAGCCAAAAGCACAUCGCAAUUCCGACAAAAUUCCAUCGGAGUAAAAUAGAAUGUGUUCUAUAUUUAAACUCCAAUCGAAUUCAUCGGAAUUUCCGAUGAAAUUUCUCCGAUGGGGCAUUCACACGGUUGAAAUUUUCUAUGGAAAAAGUCCGUCUGACUUUUUCCAUCGGAAAUUCCAAUCGUGUGUACGCGGCAUUAGUUAUUCCAUAUCAUCAGCUAUAUCCAGUUAGAAAACCGCAAUGAAGAAUGGAGGUCUGUCAAUGGCAUCAUUAUUUUCAAAAGGACAACUUACAUCUGUUCUAAGAUACAAUUAAGCUGGAACCAACAAAAUAACUCCUAAGCCAAGUGUAGAAAUGGUUUUUACAUCAAUAUUGUCUUGAUAUAGUUUGCACACUAACAGUUCAUGUUUGAGCUACUUAGUCAUCUUAUUUUUUUAUUCUUGAUUUUGUAUGGAUAAUCUGCUAACAGUAGAGUUUCUUGUAAUAUAAUUUUUAUAUAUGGACUAUGACUAAUUAUAACUUAAUGGUGCACUUUAUUUCAUCAAAAUAAAUGUUUAUAUAUUU